AUGGAACCAGCAUCGGGAUUUCUCAACGAUACCUUAUCCGUCUUGCCCAUCGUCGGUAUAGGAGGGGCUGGAAAGACUACUCUUGCUCAGUAUGCCCAUAAAGACAGCAGAGUUCAGGAUCAUUUUCACCUCAAGAUUUGGAUCUGUGUGUCUGACAAUUUCACUAUGCAGGGACUCGCUAAAUCUAUAAUAGAGUCAGUAACUCUACAAAAACAAGAUGAUAACAUGAGGUUAGAACCUCUUCAAAAAAUACUCCAUCAGCAUAUUGCAAAAAAGAAGUUUCUGCUUGUUCUGGACGACGUGUGGAGCAAUAAUAAGAGUAUCUGGGAGAAAUUCUGUGCACUACUCAAAGUUGGAGCUCAUGGUAGCAAAAUCAUUGUUACAACUCGAGAUUUGAAAGUUUCUAAAAUGGUUAGCCUGGCAGAACCAAUCUCGCUUCAUGGUUUAGACGAAGAUGUCUUUUGGCAAUUGUUCAAGAAAUGUUCAUUUGGUGCACUCAACCUUGAAGGCUAUCCGGAGCUAGAAGACAUUGGUAGAAAGAAGGCUCUCAAGUUGAAGGGCUCACCAUUAGCCGCAAAGACACUUGGCAGUGUUCUGCAAUCAAAUUUGUGCAAGCAACAUUGGGCAACCAUAAUGGAGAGCGACAUAUGGAAAGUAAAACAAGAUGAAAAUGACAUUAUGCCAGCCCUGCAUUUAAGUUAUCAAUAUCUUAAUGAAAAUCUGAAGCAGUGUUUUACUUUUUGCUCGUUGUUUCCUAAAGACUACAGAUUCUAUGAAGAUAAGUUGAUUCGAAUGUGGAUGGCCGAAGGCUUCAUUAAUGAAGAUAAAAGCACAAAGAGGAUGGAAGAUGUUGGAAGCGACUAUGUUCUUGAGUUUCUUACCAGGUCUUUCUUUCAGGAAUUUGAAUAUGAUGGAUUUGUGAUGCAUGAUCUUAUACAUGAUUUAUCUGAGAGGAUUUCUGAGUUAUCUGAACAUAUUGGAAAAUUGAUUCAUCUCCGUUACCUUGAUUUAUCAUACAAUUCUGAAAUUAAAAUUUUGCCUGAAUCUUUAUGCGACCUUUAUAAUUUGCAAACACUGAAGGCAGUAGGUUGUUCUGAACUAGAGUCUACACCACAACAAUUGAGUAAGUUGGUCAAUUUAAGACACAUUUUUGCAGAUGAAAAAUUUUGGGUGAUGAUAAAGGAUAUACGGAGACUAACUAAUCUUCAAGAAUUGCCAACAUUUAGGGUUCAAGAGGAGGAUGGACUCAAGCUUGUACAACUAAAGAAUUUAACACAGCUUCGUGGAACACUUCAUAUUCAAAAUCUUGAGAAUGGGGUCGAUAGCAAAGAAGCACAGACUGCACAGUAUGCUGAGUUAAAGAAGAAAGUCCACGUACAAGAAUUGGUGUUGACAUGGAAUGAUGAGAAGGAUGCCAAGUUGGAAGAGGAAGUAAUUGAAGGUCUGCAGCCACACGAUUUACUUAAAAUAUUGAAAAUUGAAGGGUACAAUGGAGGUAGGUCGCCUAGUUGGUUGAUGCCAAAAGUUCUAUCCAAUUUGGAAAAACUUGAAUUAGUAAAUUGCAAGGGAUGGGAUGACGUUCUGCCAUUUAUUGGUCAACGUUUGUAUCUAAUUGAACUUAUCAUGUACAGCAUGCCUGCUUUGAAACAACUGAGUCAUGAAUUUAAAGGCAAGUGUUUUCCAAAGUUGGAAAUGCUUGAUUUAUACGAGUUGCCGGCAUUGGAGGAGUGGUCUUGGACUGAGGGCAAAGAUCUAUUUCCCCGCAUGCGUCAACUUCGUGUUUGGAAAUGUCCCAAACUAAACAGAUUGCCUCCCUUCCCUCAUUCCCUAGAAAUAUUGACAAUAUAUGACUGCUCCAAGCUCAUAUUAAAUAGCAAAACGGAAGAUGGCGAGGAAUGUGGCUGCUAUCUACCGCCCUCACUCAAGGUAUUAGAAUUGGACAACUGUGGCGAAUAUUCAAAACUUUUGCCUGGCUGCUUGCAUAGCCUUCGUUUAGUUACUCGAUUGGCAAUAAGAUAUUGUCCACACAUAACGUCUAUUCCUCCGGUUCAAUUGGUAGAACUGCAAUAUUUGUACAUCUCUAACUGUGAUGAGUUGAGACGGAUGGACUGCUUAGCACUCCUUAAAUCCCUCAAGGAAUUGAAGAUUGUAGGAUGUCCUAAGCUGGUUCAGUUGGAUGUAGAAGAUGAGCAAGCAGGGAGCUUGUCAUCUUUGUGUAAAUUAUGCGUGGACAACACUGCUCUGCUUAAAAUAUUUCCUCUGAGAAACUCAUUGUCAUUCAUCACAGAACUUAGAAUUGAAUCAUGUUCUGAGGAGGUGAUAUUUGAGGAGGCGAUAUUGAUGCAAAGCCUCACUGCUGUUACAUCUCUAACAUUCUGUAAUUGCGACAAACUACAGUCUCUGCCGACAGAGCUGGUGCGAAGCCUCACUGCUGUUACAUCUCUAAACUUCAUUGAUUGCAAGAAACUACAAUCUCUGCCGACAGAGCUGCUGCAAAGCCUUCCCUUGCUAAAGCAAUUAAACAUAUAUUGGUGUCCCCAGUUCCAAUCAUUGCCAGAGGAAGAACUUCCUCCCCUUCUCAACCACCAGAAUGCAGUUGUGUUCCUGCCGUCGCUGCUGUACUCCAAUGCUAUUGUCGCAGCACCCCGCAACAUCUUGCUUUUGUAG